AUGGACGAGAAAGAAGAGACCAACGAGCCCCUCGACCUGGUGCGCCUGUGCAUCGACGAGAUCGUCAUCGUGAAAUUGCGUGGCGACCGCGAAUUGAAGGGGAGACUACACGCAUACGACUCGCAUUGCAAUCUCGUGCUUGGUGACGUCGAAGAAACGAUAUACAUCGCGGAGGAGGAGGAGGACGAUCAGGAGCCGCGUGUGCGAACGGUCAAGAAGCAGAGUGAGAUGCUGUUUGUGCGAGGUAUGUGA